AUGAUUUCCAUUGGUCUCAAACGCAAAUGGGAAGAUGCAGAGUAUGAUUCAGACGACGAUGAACCAUCUUUCGGAAAGCAAACAUUGCCCGUGGCUAAUCUACCUAUGGACUUUGACCGCGAGCCAGAAGAUGGACUGCAAUAUCUGUUUACGGUCAGACGCGAUGCACGGCGACUACCGCACGUCACGAGGGUCGCUAACCCGUACGAACUGCCCGAACCUGUCCCGCCGCCUGAUCUUGUGCAGCCCGACAGCUCACGUAGCAACCUUCCAUCUGAACUUUGGCGCUCUACUUUCUUAACACACUUUCGAAAUUUCAGAAAGAAUAUCGCUCAACCAACUAUCCACGUACAUAUUGAUCCACAUGGAUCACGGAAGGUUAUGCCAGAUAAGAAAGAAAGAGAUCUUUGGUGGACAUUUCUCGCCGGUUCACCGGAAUCGGACUGGAACCCACCCAAAAAAACAAAGAAAAUGUCGAAGAAGAACAGAUUUUCCGGUCACAUGUCAGCGUUUUGCGACGAGAUAGAGGCGGAACAUAACACUAAUGACCAGCAAAAUUGUGACGAAACUCACGAGACCUGGCGUAUCAAUUCAGAGGGUGACGUUGAACUCGCGGAUGAUAAUCUAGCAGAUACACCAUCGUCCGCAGCUCAGCCAUGUCCCAAUAAUUCUGAAUUAUCCAUGUCAACGGUGGAGACAGAACUCCGAAACACGAGUCUCCUGUCAACUCGUCCAGGCCCAGAACAGCUUUGUAAGCCUCGUGAGAUCACCCCCUCAUUGCUGCGAAAAAUAGACCAUAAUCUAUCCCUCCACCUUCUUAUGUACUUCGCUCACUGGAUGAACGUCCAUCUGCAGCACCCCGCUGAACCAACCUUUGCGAUCCUUGAGAGUCAUGCACGUUGGAUGUUUGCGUUGUUAGCUAAAGUGGAAGACUUCAUUUCAGCGGAUGACAUGAGCCAACUCAGGAACCUAGCCCGUGCUUGUUUGGAGCUACUUGUUCGGCGACAGAAGGCCGGGGGGGCUGGAGUGCCUGAUAAUUUGUCACCCAAAAUCGUCAUGGCUGAAACAUCAUGCUGGAUCAUUUUUACUGCCGUCUCUGGCAUAUGGGGCCAAAGUGAUCUUUGGCGGGACGCGGACACGUUAUUGGCGAGUGCUUAA